AUGCCCUCCAUCCUCGAAGACCCCACCACAACCCUCCCACCCCCAAAAACAGCCCUCCAAGCCUCCCAAACCCUAACCCCCAGAACCUCCCACCUGAAAGAUGGCACCCCCGUAACCCUCUACCCAAUUGCCAACGGACCGCAAAGCAUCCCCGCAGACCUAGUCGCGCUACUCCACCGCGAGUUCAGCGCCGAGAUCAAGGCCGGGUGUACGUAUCCCAUGGAGGAGCCGAUGACGUUGGAGCGGUUCGCGGAGUACUGGUUUGGGACUUUUGCUGUUGUGGCUGUUCUUGGGGAGGAGGGUCUUGUUGAGGGGAGGGAUUGGGAAAAGGAGUGUCUGGGGACGUUUUAUAUUAAGCCUAAUUAUCCUGGUCGGUGUUCCCAUGUCUGCAAUGCAGGGUUCUUGACGACGGUUGCUGCGCGCGGCCGUGGAGUGGGUAUUGUUAUGGGUGAGACGUAUUUGCAGUUUGCCCCGAAGCUGGGCUACAAAUACUCCGUCUUUAACCUGGUCUUUGAGAAUAAUGUUGCGUCGGUGAAGAUCUGGGAGAGACUCGGGUUCAAGAUCAUUGGCCGCGUGCCUGGAGCAGCAAGGCUGGCGAAUAGUGAGGAGUUGGUGGAUGCGUUGAUUAUCGGGAGGGAGUUGGUUUAG